UUGAAGAUUGUGUUUUUACUGUUGUUUUAGCAGGACAUGGAACAAUUAAAUAACACUAUGAGCACCUGUCAGUCAAGAUAAAUGAAGAUAAACAGUUGUGACUACUGAAUUAAAAUCUCUGUAGGAGAGGAAUGGGAAAUGAUGCAGAACAGCAGUGGCAUUGGAAGAAAAGCAUGUUGAGAUGGACCUGAAGUGGAACCCUGACAGAGUUUCUCAUCCAGGCUCAUCUGAAGACCAGGAGACUGAUUUGAAUUGGCAAGGCAACCCAAAUCCCAGUCUGUUGAUUAAAGAUGAUGGAGAGCUGCUUAUGGAUGAACAUCUUUCCCCCAGGAAACUGAAAAUUUUGGCAGGGGUAGAUGAUCUGAAGCAAGUGAAGGCCCUAGAGAUGCGAGUAGACACCAGAGAGAUCAGCUUGGGGAACUUUGGUGUGCAUCUGCCUAAUCUGAGAGAACUGAAGUUGAACAAUAGUUUGCUUGAAUCUGUGAGGGAUCUUGGAACCUCACUGUCCCAUCUCCAAGUCCUGUGGAUGGCUCGGUGUGGGCUCUCAGAUUUAGAUGGGAUCUCUUCCUGCAGCUCUCUAAAAGAACUCUACAUUGCUUAUAACAAUAUCUCUGACCUGAGCCAGCUGACCUGGCUGGAUCACCUUGAGGUUUUGGACGUGGAAGGGAACAAUAUUGAGGACAUCAACCAGCUGCAGUUCCUGCGACUUUGUUGCAAACUAAGCCACCUGACAGUGGAGGGCAACCUUAUUUGCCUGAAGCCAACUGCAGACUGUGAAGAGGACCCAGAUUAUAAUUACAGAGCAGAAGUAAAAAAACUCAUUCCCCACUUGAAGUAUUUGGACAGAAUACCAGCAAGCCAGACUGCUCUCCUUCCUUCCAAGAAGAUGCAUGAGGAUUCUUUAAUCAUCAAGGAAUCCAUCAAGGAAGGUGGUUUAGCCAAAGAUAUUUCAUGGUUAGAUUCGUAUCUUGGGGAAGUAGCAAAGCAGUCUGGAUGCAGCCCAAAACCCCCAGCAACUUCCAGACCUGGAAAUGCAGAGUGUUCUGAUAGUGUGGGGACCUGUAGUGAUGCUAGCCUCUCGUCCAGUAGCUGUUCUCUUCCAGAUCCCAUUGUUUUUCCUGAUAAGCUGUUCACAGAAGAUGACUCCAGUGAUUUGACAUAUGGACUCCGUCAAGUUAUAUGUGGGAACCCUGCCAAGGCCCUCCAUGAGAGGAGGCAAAAGCUAGGGCCACCUGCUGUGAGCCCUUUGAAACCGUCUGGUCUGACGACAGAAAACCUCAGUGGCUCUGGAGGAGGAAGAGAUCUGCAUCAGGAAAAGGUGUCCCCUGACCUGGGAGCACGGACGGAGCAGCACAAGGGGUGCCUGCAAACAGGUCAGCAAGAACAAACCAGCCAAGCACUGAAGGUGAAUGAGGAUGAAGAUAAGGAUAAGGACCUCAUUGAAAGGAUUUCACUUGACCCUUCUUCCCACUCCUCCUCAGGUUUGUCGCAGGCCCAGGACGGUGCAGUGUUCUCCAAUACAAAACGUUAUCUAAUUCCAACCCCUCCAAAAAACCCUUCACCUGCCCCUGCAGUGGAUGUUGCAGCAAGACCUUGGAAAACAAGGAACCACAGGGGCCUAAAAAUACCCAGCCAAGAGGAGGAUAGGCAGUGGACACAGCAAUCCCAGUCAAAGGCUCAUCAAGAGAAUUCAGCCCAGCCUCUGGACAAAGAACCUGCUCUGCUGGGCCUGCACAGCACCCUGGCUGCCUCUGGAUCCCAAGAGCAGCACCAGUCUGUGGGCAGCACCAGCCAGCAAAGGCCCAUUCCAGGACCAGCAGCUGUUGGGUCAUCCAGGAUCAGGCCCAUCAUGGAUGAGAGCCCUUCUAAAGAGAUCGACCACCAGCAUCCAGCUGCCCGCUCAUCCACAAAAGCCUCACAGAGGUUUAGGCCAAUGAAUUCUGCUUGGCCUCUGACUGCCAGGUCCAUUCUGCAGCCAUUGGCAGGCAAAUCCACUGCCACAAAAACAUCUCGGAACAGAAGUCUUCAAUCCUAGAAGAUACCCAGUUGCCAGCAUGUGUUGGAGCCAUGUACACAAUGCAGCCAUGAAGGAUC